ACACAGAGGAAGAGGAGGAAGUCAGCUGUCUUGUGCGUCUUCCGCCCUGCCAAGCCUUUUCCCACCCCUGCCCGCCCCUGCCAGCCCUGCCACGCCUCGAAGCACCUAUAUUGAGUGCAGAAAUGAAGGUUCCACCGGAUGCUGCGUGUUAAAAGUGUCCGGUGAAGGGGGAGAAGUUCCCAAGAAUGUUUGGAACCAAUGAAUCAAACCGCGGUGCAUUUCUGGAGGCUGCGAGGGAGGCCAGGGAGGAGCGAGCAGCCGAGCGCAGGCGGGAUGAGGCGGCCACCAAGAUCCAGGCAGCGGUCCGCGGCUGGCUGAUUCGGGUCACUCGGAAAAGAAAGAUCAGGGAAAAGUUUGAUGAGUUAUUUGGCACAGAGCCGAUUGCUCCGGACCAGACGCCUGUCCUGCCACAGGCUUUAGAUGCCUUUCAAGCAAUCCUUGGAUUCAUCAACAUUUAUAAAGAGAAAAGGGAUGAAAAGAGAUUUGAAAUCCUCACAAGGUACUUGCUGGCAAGUAUGGAUAGUGAUAAUAUAAAGUUAACCUAUGUGUCCUGUGGCAUGAACAAGGACUUGACACUGCAGUGGAUCCAUCAGAUAAAAGAUAUUUUAUAUCUUGCCUGUGAAAUUCUGGGAGACUUGCAUCCUGAAUUUCCCAAAGAAAAUCGCCUCAUGUCGCUUUAUUUGCACCUCCUCCUCACAUUUACCGGUACAAACACAUGGAAGAUUUUACGGAUACAAAGCUUUGAGCCGUUGAAGCCAUCCCUCAACAAGCUCACUGAAAAUGUAAUGGGAGACCUGGUGUCCAGACGCCUUUACAGCACUUUGAAUCAAGUCCUUGUCCAUGGUUUGUGUAGAGAAAAGACACUUCUCCGUGGUCCCGCCAUUACCACCAUAAUAACACUGGCCCUGCGGCCUCUGGUAGCUGCCAGCUACUCAGACAAGCUUCUCUCUCUCCUGACCAUACACAUGUUGAGCGUUCCGGCCCUCAUCCACCACCUGGACACCUUGGCGCCAGAGGCUUUACAGAUGUUAUGCACCAAUGACAUAUUUGAGAGAGUGGUUCAAUUUGUACAAACAGAACAACACUUGCGCAUCAUCUUCAAUACUCUGGAGGGAUCCUACGCUCUCUGCCUCUUAGCAAAUCUUGUCCAUUUGGCUCACAAAGAAACUGACAGAGCACUGCCAAAGUUAGCAUUUCCUGAGUUUAAUUUUGUAGUGAAGCGUUUGCUUGAGAAGUGUGGCGAGUACGUCACAACCAAGCAGAGCAGCAGCCUGACCCACUGGCACUUGGUGCUUGGCUGGUUCUCGCGGCCCAUCGACAGCUACCUUGAUGAGUCCUUGGAGCUAGUGAAAUCACAGCUGCAGCUUCUUUGGUCGGGAGCUGUGAUUAAAGUCAUGUUUUCAUCCCUCGCCAGCUUAAUUGCAGCACAGGAGCUGUCACCCAAUGAGCCAAGUAACCACUCGGGAGUUACAUCAUCCUCGACAACCUCCUCCUUAACUAGUAUUGGGUCGUAUGUGUCCUCAAACAUUAUGAAAAGAGCGCUGGACAGGCGACUCACGUCCAGCAGCCCUGCUGGUUCAGGAGGCACGCGCUGGGGGGGGAGCCGCAAGCUUGGCUCCCGGGGUGUGGCCACGGCGGCAAUGGUGUGCUCCAUGUACCACUCCGCCAUCACUACUCUCUCACAGCUGAAGAUUGAUAUCCUGACAGGUUUAUGCUACAAAAGUGACAUGGUUUCACAACUGUGGCAAGUAUUGCUUUCAUUGGGUCCUUCCUGCGGACUCAAAAGUUUUUUGGAUCUACUCUCGGUGUCAACGAAAGCCACAGCACCAGAGUUUCACAUGCUCAUGCUGUUUUGUGACGCCACCGCUCAUCUUGUCACAGUAUUGGAUGACUUGGAGAUGUAUGAACAGCAGAGACCUUUUACCAUUAGUGAUUAUACAACAAUGUCAGCAUUCCUGAACAACUUUACAUAUAAGAUAAUUCACAAUGGCUUGGUGGAUGUGCGUAAUGUACAAGGAAGUCCACUCUUUGUCUCCUUGCACACACUCUUGCUUCUCCUGUACAAGAGGAAUUCACGUAGAAACUAUGUGCCAGACACUCACUGGCUCAUCAAAGAAGUGAGAGUGUCGUCCUUCAUGAUGGACCUGGAGCAAGGAGACGCUCAGGCUCAGGUACUGAUACAGAAAAUGCCGCACAUCAUCCCCCACACGGAACGAGUCUUGCUCUUUAAGAAGUAUGUGGCCAACAACAAGGCAAAGCUGGGGCUGAGUGAUGCUUCGUGUGCCUCGCCUCACUCCACGCUGAUCACGGUGCACAGGUCCCGCCUGGUGGAGGACGGCUACCAGCAACUGGCGUCUCUUUCCCCGCGGGCUCUCAAGGGCAUGAUUAGGGUGCGGUUCAUCAAUGAGCAAGGCCUGGAUGAAGCCGGCAUUGACCAAGACGGUGUUUUUAAAGAGUUCUUGGAAGAGACACUCAAGAGGGUGUUUGACCCAUCUCUGAACUUGUUUCGUCUGACAAGUGAGGAGCGACUUUAUCCAUCCCCAACUUCAUUCAUGACAGAAAACCACCUUCAGCUCUUUGAAUUCAUUGGCCGGAUGUUGGGAAAAGCAGUAUAUGAGAGCAUUGUUGUUGACUGUCCAUUUGCAUCCUUCUUCCUUAGUCAAGUAUUAGGAGAACAACAGUCAGCUUUGUACUCCUCCAUAGACGAGUUGCCUUCUUUAGAUCCAGAAUUGUACAAGUCAAUGACCUACAUAAAGCAUUAUGAAGGGGAUGUAAAUGACCUGGACUUGACGUUUUCCUAUGAUGAGGACUGUUUGGGCGAGAUCAUUACUCACGAGCUGAGGCCAGGCGGAAAGUCCAUCCCAGUGACCAAUGACAACAAGAUUGUGUACAUCCACCUGAUGGCUCACUUCAAGAUGCACCUUCAGAUAAGAGAUCAGACCAAGGCCUUCAUCAGAGGUUUCCGGUCCAUCAUCACACCAGAGUGGCUGUCAUUAUUUUCAGUACCUGAGUUUCAGCGAUUGAUUUCUGGUGACAAUGUAGCCGUGGACCUCAAAGACCUGCGGGAAAACACACUGUAUUACGGAGGGUUCCACGACAAGCACCGGGUGGUCUGCUGGCUGUGGGACAUUCUUGAGCGGGACUUCAAGGAGGAGGAGCGGGCACUGUUUCUCAAGUUUGUGACUAGUUGUUCCAAACCACCGCUCCUGGGAUUCACAAACCUGGAGCCGCCUUUUUCAAUUCGUUGUGUUGAAGUUGGUGAUGAUGAAGAUACAGGGGACACAAUAGGAAGCGUUAUUCGUGGAUUUUUUGCAAUAAGGAAACGAGACCCUGUGAACAGACUCCCGACUUCCUCCACAUGCUUCAACCUCCUCAAGCUGCCAAACUACCAGCGGAAGAGCACCUUGAGAGACAAACUUCGCUAUGCCAUCACAAGCAACACCGGGUUUGAACUGUCUUAAGGGUAAAGUUCACACACACACAUAUACUUCAUGGUUCCCUAUCCAGUGUUGCUGUAUGUUAUUGGCAAAGAUGCACAUGGAAUUCAGUCUUUAAUGUGAUGAGUAUAAGAAUGACAAACAUGAAAAGAUUAGGAGGAAGCUAAGUGUGCUAAAACAUGUGAAAUAUAUCACUGCAUUUAUGUAAGCCAAUAACCUUCAUCAUCAUAUCAUCAUUAUCACCACCACCACCACCAUCACCACCAUCAUCAUCUGUAUCAUCAUCAGCAUCAUCAUUAUCAUCAUCAAUGGUUACCACCGUCACCAUCACCAUUCUGUUUUAUUAAAAGAAAAAUUAAAGUUGAAGGUAUUUUUUAUAUUUUUUACUUGGGAUUGGAUGUUGAAUAUUUAGGUUAAGAAAUAACAAAACUUGUUCCAUGAGACUUAAGGUAUUGAAGUGUAUUUUAAGUUGUUUAAGUGAUCAUAAGAAAAAAGUGUAGGCAGCCAUUCAUUGGGAAGUGUCAGAUGAUUAACAACAUAUAAAUUCCCCUCAGUCACGUCAGCGGAAGUAUAAAAGACAACACAGAACAUGGGUUGGAAAAAAAAAAAAAGUCUUACACUGAGUUGCAUUAAUAACAGUGAUGAAAAUUGGUUAUACUACUGUCAGUUAUAUUUUGUUGUUACUUUCCAGGUUACCUCUUGAAUUUUUGUCUGUUAUUUGUUUAUGAUGUCUGUAGAUCAUAAUUUACCAUUACUAUUAGUUUUUCCUGUGGUCUUGUUCCAUGUACCAUACACACUUCUAAAUCCCCCUUAGACUAGUGGAAUAUUCGCCUCAUCAUCAUCCCCAUAUAAACUUUAUUAUCAAAGUUUACAGCAGCUGUUCAUUAUUUUAAAGUGUAUGAACCAUAUCAGACAUUACUUAUGUAUAUAAUCAUACACGGAAGUUAUUUGUAUACUAUAUAUAUUUUUAAUUUCUUGCAGCAUAGCUCAUGUUAGUGGAAUAAAAGUUACCAAUCUAUGCAGACACCACAGACAUGCACACACUUAUAGGCAACGUAGACCACCAGAAAACAUCCUCCUUGGUUCAGAUUGUUUGUGUGUGUUUGGACAAAGCAAGGCGAGGAAGGCAUGAAGGGAUAUUGAUAUGGAUUUCCUGUUAAGUUAAGAGGACGUGAUAUGAUAUUUGAGUGAAAUUGUAUGAGGCAAAGAUCGGGUUCAGGAAGGUAAUCCCUGUAAGGAAUAAGGCGUCAUGAAUUCCCAUACACAUUAGUCUAUUUAUAUCUCUGAUGCUUUGUCCUCUCACGAAGAAAAGUUGUUCAGUUGGAUUAAUUCGUGUUCAAGGAGAUGUGUAAAAACUGGUUUACAAAUAGGGUGGUGGAUGAAUACAAGAAAUUAAGCAGUCAUGUAAUUAGUACAAAUAUGAUUGAAAGUUUUAAAUACGGAUUACCUAGAUUUAUGGAUGGGAAAGAAAAACAAUGUAAUAACGUUUCCAGGAGCUGCCAUGAGAACAGU